AUGGAUGAUGAGGUAAUUGCUAACAAUCAGAAUAACAAAAGAUCACCAAUGACUCUGAACGUGAGCGGGUUGUGGGACGUUGUUCCACGUCUAGACCAUUAUAGGUAUAGCAGAAAAGUAACAAGAACGUCUCUGUUUAUUCUACACGAAGGAAAUCUUAUAAAGGACCCUAAUAUAGAAGCUGGCCAAGCGGGAACGUCGCAACAAGGACACACAGGGAUCAAGCUAGGAUGGAUCCAGGGUGUUCUCAUACCAUGCCUCCUGAACAUAUGGGGUGUAAUGCUUUUCUUGCGGCUGUCGUGGGUGGUAGCGCAGGCCGGCGUAUUGCAAAGUGUCAUUAUUAUCGGAAUAUCGGCGGCAGUUUGCGUCAUCACGACGCUUAGCCUCAGCGCAAUUAGUACUAAUGGGGAAGUAAAGGGAGGUGGUAUAUACUUCAUCAUAUCGCGAACAUUGGGACCCGAAUUCGGUGCCUCCGUUGGAAUUGUUUUUGCAUUCGCCAAUGCGGUCUCCGCCUCGAUGAAUACCAUUGGCUUCUGCGAUUCUCUGAACGAUUUGCUACGAGAACAUAACAUGAAGAUCAUAGACAAUGGGGUAAACGAUGUCCGAAUAGUGGGAGUACUCGCACUGAUCGUUAUGAUUAUGAUCUGUGCAAUCGGAAUGGAGUGGGAAUCAAAGGCACAAAAUUUCCUCAUAGCCAUCAUUGUUGCAGCCAUUAUUGACUUUCUGAUCGGUACGAUUAUGGGACCAUCCGAUAUAAGCCAACAAGCGCAAGGAUUCCUGGGUUUCUCUACCGAUGUGUUCAUGAACAACAUGGGACCAGAUUACCGGUUCUCCGAAAACAGUAACCAAACCUUCUUCUCCGUAUUCGCCAUUUUCUUCCCGUCGGUGACCGGGAUUCAAGCGGGAGCAAACAUUUCCGGCGACUUGAAGGAUCCAGCCAGCAGUAUACCGAUCGGAACCCUUCUCGCGCUCCUAAUUUCAAUGCUGAGUUACCUGACUUUCGUUCUGUUUGCCGGUGGAGCGACUUUGAGAGAUGCCAGCGGUCUCGUUAGCACCAAUAAUACCAUUGUAAAUUGCAUUCCGCAAGUGAAUUGCAACUUUGGAUUGCACAAUAGUUAUUCGGUCAUGCAACUUAUGUCAGUUUGGGGUCCAUUCAUCUACGCCGGAUGUUUCGCUGCAACUCUUUCAACAGCUCUGACGAACUUACUAUCGGUCCCGCGAUUGAUACAGGCAUUAGGACAAGAUCGAAUUUAUCCCGGCCUAAUAUACUUCAGCAAAGGAUACGGAAAGCACGGUGAACCUUACCGUGGAUACGUUCUUACCUUCUUUGUCGCAGCAUUGUUCCUCUUGAUAGCAAAUUUGAACGCGGUCGCGCCUUUGAUCUCAAACUUCUACCUAGCAUCAUAUGCCUUGAUAAAUUUCUGCACCUUUCACGCAGCGUUAAUUCGACCGAUCGGAUGGCGUCCUACCUUUAGGUAUUACAACACCUGGUUGUCCUUAUUCGGCUUUAUCACCUGCGUUUCCAUAAUGUUCUUAAUUGACUGGGUGACAUCACUUGUCACCUUCGUCAUUAUUUUCGCGCUGUAUUUGAUAGUUGUUUACCGGAAACCAGAUGUAAAUUGGGGCAGCAGUACACAGGCACAAACUUACAAGACUGCUCUUUCUAUCGUAUACAGAUUAAACUCCAUUGACGCGCAUGUGAAGAAUUAUGCUCCUCAAAUUUUGGCACUAGCUGGACCACCUGGCGCCAGGCCAGCGUUGCUGCAUCUGGCUAAUCUUAUUACGAAAAACCAUUCCCUGUUGAUUUGCGGAGAAGUAUAUCCGACGAAUCUAUCUUAUCGACUACGUUCGGUUCGGAUGAGAAAUGGCUACGCAUGGUUGCAUCAACAGCGUAUAAAAUCGUUUUAUCAUGUGGUGGAAGAUUUGAGUUUCGAACGUGGGGCGUCGGCUUUUAUGCAGGUAACAGGCGUUGGAAAAUUAGCGCCGAACGUGGUUCUUAUGGGUUACAAAACUCACUGGGCAACUUGCAACCACAAAGAUCUUCAAGAAUACUUCAAUGUCCUUCACAACGCCUUCGACCAAAAAUUAGCCGUGACUAUGUUACGAAUUGCGGAAGGCUUGGAUUGUUCCGAAGUUCCAACUGCAAAUGGCGAUGAAGAACACGGCGCCCUAGCGCAGAGUAGCUACGACCUGACAGGAAGUACUCUGAUGCACGUCGACAGCAAUCUGUCCAUGUCCAGUGAGAUUCCAAGGGUUCAAAGUGUGCCUACAAUGGGCACUCACUUCGUACCAGUUGAAGGACCUGAAAUAAUAAGAGAUUCACCAACACACGGAAGUGCUCGGGAUCACCUUAAGCAUAAGAGAAAACAUGCAAUCGAAAAAUUAAUGGAAAAGCGACAUGCAAUGACGGCUGUGCCUGAACACUUGGCCAUUUUCCAGAAGAAACAUAAGAAUGGAACAAUUGACGUGUGGUGGUUAUACGACGAUGGAGGUUUGACGAUUCUCUUGCCAUAUAUUAUCAGCACACGCUCGAAUUGGGAGCACUGUAAGAUGAGAAUUUUCGCACUUGCGAACCACAAGCAAGAUAUCGUCGCACAAGAAAAAGAAAUGGCGAUGAUUAUGGCGAAGUUCAGGAUAAGGUAUACCAGUCUGAAAAUGGUGGAUGAUAUUAGUGUACAGCCUAAACAAGAAACACAAGAAUUUUUCAAUAAACUUAUAUCGAAUUUCAGAAAGAACGAUCCGGCCGAUACAGAAUGUUAUGUAACAGAACUUGAACUUCAAUCUUUGAAAGACAAGACUCAUAGGCAAUUAAGACUUCGAGAGUUAUUAUUGGAAAACUCCAGUCAGUCCACGUUGGUUGUAAUGUCUUUACCAAUGCCCCGAAAAGGUGCAGUUUCGGCUCCACUCUACAUGGCAUGGUUGGAAGCUUUAACCAAGGAUAUGCCACCAACACUUUUAAUACGUGGAAACCACACUUCAGUGCUAACGUUCUAUUCGUAGUUCACCGGCGUACUUAUAAACAAUACACCUGUUCCUCGAAUUACACAGGCGAUACGCGCCACAAUCAGCUGUUUAUGCGGUAAAAAGCUGUACAAAUCGAG